AUGACCAAAGAAAACCAUGAGGGUAGCUCUUCUGCCAAGAAAAGCAAAUCGUAUGCCUCAAACCCAUACAUUAAUGACGAGGCCUCGUGUCAAAAUGACACUGAAGAAUCCAAUACAAUCAGUGUCGUCGAACCAGUAGAGGUUCCUACCACCCCUUCCAAGGAGGCGGAUGCUAUUAUUACCCCAACUGUCGCAAUUCGACAAAACAUGUCGAUUCUAAGCGCUCCACUCCGACUCAAGGCAAUCAGAGUUUUAAAAAUGCCAACUAUGACAGUAACCACCGAGCAAAAAGACAUUGAUAACUUUCUGAAAGAUGUCUUCUUUUAUUUCAAUGCUGGCCAAGGAACACAUAAAAAACACAUGCAAGCAAUCAAAGACGGUCAAUCCAGUAAAUACAAGACCAGACUUUUAAAAGCUGCCGGUAAAAGACUCAAUGUGUUACUUAAGGACUUUAAGUACGGCGCUCUUGCCAUUAUCUGCAUGUAUAUGCAGAUCAUAUUUGACAGCUCAUGUGAACAAACCAUCACAUACCACCAUGAGACCGAUCACGAGUCAUCACCAUGGGACCACGCCUCAAGACCAAACCAACAUCCGCCACCACCCUCGUCCCAUGAUCCCGCCACAGUACCUCGCCUCAAGACCUUCCCCAAGGCCUUAACUCCAGACCCUUCACGUUAA